AUGAUUGAAUCAAAGAGUAUAUUCUCAGGUGAAAAAUACACCAAGCAAGAAGCAUUAUCACAAUUGCCAUUUGGAUCUGAUGUUGAAAAUGCUGUUAUGAUUGAUGAACCAGUUACAAAUGUCAAAUAUUCUCCAAUAUUCAGAAAUAAAGCUCAUCUUGAUGGUUUAAUCCAAAAUGUUCAUCCUGAUUUGAAUACUCAUUAUAAAUUAUUCAACAAUGCUGCUGAAAUGUAUCAUGAUCGUCCAUGUCUUGGUAAACGUCCUUAUAAUUAUACCACUCAUCAACUGGAUGAUUAUUUCCUGCAUUGGACUUAUGGUGAAGUUUUCACAAAGAAGAAUAAUCUAGGUGCUGGUUUUAUUCGAGCAUUAUUGGAAAAUCCUUUCCUUGAUGUACAAUUGGAAUCCCAUAGAAAAGUAGUUAAUCAUUUACGUGAUUGGUCUAAUUUUGGAAUUAAUAAAUUACCAAGAGAUAAUUUAAAUUGUGAAAUUGAAAAGAAUUGUUCAUUUAUUUUAACUAUCUUUGCCGUUAAUCGUGCUGAAUGGAUUUUAACAGAUUUAGCAUGUAGUUCAUAUGGUAUCACUAAUACUGCAUUGUAUGAUACUUUGGGACCUGAUGUUUCACAAUAUAUUUUGAAUUUAACUGAAUCACCAAUAGUGGUUUGUACUCAUGAUAAAAUUCAAGUUUUGAUAAACUUGAAGAAGAAGUAUCCUCAACAAACAAAGAAUUUGAUUUCUAUUGUUUCUAUGGAUCCAAUUGAUUUGGUAACCCAGGGAACAAUUGAAGAUGCAUAUGAAUUGGGUAUUACAAUUCAAGGUUUGAAUCAAAUUGAAAAAAUUGGUGCCAAGAAUCCAAUUCAUCAAUUGGAAACUAAUCCAGAAGCUUUAUUUACAAUUUCAUUUACUUCAGGAACUACAGGUAGUAAACCAAAAGGAGUGAUGAUUUCUCAAGGUGGUGCCGCGGCAUAUAUUACAUAUUUAUUAUGUUGUGAACCACAAGCUAAACCUGGAGAUAAGGCAUUUAUAUUCUUACCUUUGACUCAUUUAUAUGAAAGACAAACUUGUGGGUUUGCAUUUAGUUCUGGUUAUUAUUUGGGUUUUCCUCAAGUGAAUCUUGGUAAGAAAAAGAUCAACCCAUUUGAAAAUUUGCUUGCUGAUUUGAGGAUUUUUAAACCAACUUAUAUGUCAAUGGUUCCUAGAUUAUUGACUAGACUAGAAGCUUUAAUUAAAAGUAAAAUCAAAGAAUUGCCUGUACAAGAACAAGAAAAGGUGAACUCCAUUAUUGAAGCCAAGAUCAAAAAACAAAGUAAACAAGAUGGAUCCACUGGUUUUGAUGCAACUUUAGAUAAUGAUCCUACUUAUAAAUCAUUAGCGCAAUUUGUUGGUUAUGAUAAUAUGAGAUGGGUUCAAACUGCAAGCGCACCAAUUGCACCAACAACAUUAAUUUAUUUGAAAGCAUCAUUGAAUAUUGGUACUAGACAACAAUAUGGAUUAACUGAAAGUGGAGCUGCGAUUACCAGUACUGGAGAAUAUGAGGCAUCACCAGGAUCAUGUGGAGUUAUUUUACCAACUGGACAAUAUCGUCUUUAUUCUGUUUCUGAAAUGGGAUACGAUUUGAAUAAAUUAGAAGGUGAAGUUAUGCUUCAAGGUCCACAAAUGUUUAAAGGAUAUUAUUAUAAUUAUGAAGAAACCAUAAAUGCAGUCACUGAAGAUGGUUGGUUUCAUUCAGGAGAUAUUGCUAGAGUUGAUUCUAAAACUGGUAGAGUGACUAUCAUAGAUCGAGUUAAACAUUUUUUCAAAUUAGCUCAAGGAGAAUAUAUAUCACCUGAAAGAAUUGAAAAUAGAUAUUUAUCAUCAAAUCCAGAUAUUUGUCAACUUUGGGUCCAUGGAGAUUCAAAAGAACAUUAUUUAAUUGGUAUAGUGGGUGUUGAAUAUGAAAAAGGAUUGAAAUUUAUAAAUACUGAAUUUGGUUAUAAUAAAAUUGAUAUGCCACCUGGUGAUUUAUUGGAUAUUUUGAAUUCUCCAGAAGUUAAAUCAAAAUUUUUAACCAAAAUGAAUCAACUGGUUAGAGAUAAAUUGAAUGGAUUUGAAAUAUUACAUAAUAUUUUCAUUGAAUUUGAACCAUUAACUGUACAACGUGAAGUUGUCACACCAACUUUUAAAAUUAGAAGACCAAUUUGUCGAAAGUUUUUCAAAUCACAACUUGAUGCCAUGUAUAAUGAAGGUUCGUUGAUCAACAAUGCCAAGUUGUAA